AUGUCAAUAUGGCUAUGAAGAGAUGCACAUUUAGGGGCUGGGAUCUCGCUGGAAUUCCAUGCCCCAUGCAAUUAAAGCCAUCCAAUACAAGAAAAUGGAUCCUCUGAAGGAAAUAAAUUGGUGGUAUAGCAAAUGCUUACUUAUAAACACAAACUACAAUCAGUCAGGGGUGAAAAUUUUUGGAAAGUGGAUGAAUCUCAAGCAAUGAAACCACCCGAGUUAGUCAAGUUGGUUGGGAAGCCAAAAAUCAAGAGAACAAAGCAAAAAGAUGAAGCAAUCAAGAGGCAAGAUGAAUGGGGAGUUUCUAGGAAGGGAAGAAUUAUGACAUGCAGCAACUGUGGAGAGACAAAGCAUAAUGCUAGGGGAUGUGACGAGCCACCCAAUAAGGACAAAAGGCAAAAACUACUCGAUGAAUAUGAAGAAGUGGGGCAACAUCCACAUGAAGAUAUCUACCUUACUGCACCCCAAUGUAGUCAAGCAAGUCAAGACAUAGAGUUGGUUUUCAUGCUUACACCGAGCGUCUAUAGUGAGACUUCAAGCAGUUCAUUUCCUGCUUUUGAGUAUCCAGAACCCGAAAUAGAACCAGCUAUAAGGCCUAUGGUUGUGUCAGAGAAAAAAACAAGGCUUCAACAGAGACAACAACCAUCACAGCCUUCAGGAUCAAGGAUAAUUACAUUCAAAGGUGAUCAUAAUGGUUUAAGUGUUCCAUCAACUCUUCCUUACUCACCACGCAGAGUCACAUGGAAGGGAAAAGUUGCUAUUACUGUUUUUUUUAUUUAAUUUAGUGGU